AUGUGCCACCAGUGUCGCAUUGGGGGGGGGGGGGGUUCACAUGCUAAUGUGUAUGAUGAUGAUGAUGAUGAUGAUGAUGAUGAUGAUGAUGAUGAUGAUGAUGAUGAUGAUGAUGAUGAUGAUGAUGAUGAUGAUGAUGAUGAUGAUGAUGAUGAUGAUGAUGAUGAUGAUGAUGAUGAUGAUGAUGAUGAUGAUGAUGAUGAUGAUGAUGAUGAUGAUGAUGAUGAUGAUGAUGAUGAUGAUGAUGAUGAUGAUGAUGAUGAUGAUGAUGAUGAUGAUGAUGAUGAUGAUGAUGAUGAUGAUGAUGAUGAUGAUGAUGAUGAUGAUGAUGAUGAUGAUGAUGAUGAUGAUGAUGAUGAUGAUGAUGAUGAUGAUGAUGAUGAUGAUGAUGAUGAUGAUGAUGAUGAUGAUGAUGAUGAUGAUGAUGAUGAUGAUGAUGAUGAUGAUGAUGAUGAUGAUGAUGAUGAUGAUGAUGAUGAUGAUGAUGAUGAUGAUGAUGAUGAUGAUGAUGAUGAUGAUGAUGAUGAUGAUGAUGAUGAUGAUGAUGAUGAUGAUGAUGAUGAUGAUGAUGAUGAUGAUGAUGAUGAUGAUGAUGAUGAUGAUGAUGAUGAUGAUGAUGAUGAUGAUGAUGAUGAUGAUGAUGAUGAUGAUGAUGAUGAUGAUGAUGAUGAUGAUGAUGAUGAUGAUGAUGAUGAUGAUGAUGAUGAUGAUGAUGAUGAUGAUGAUGAUGAUGAUGAUGAUGAUGAUGAUGCUGAUGCUGAUGCUGAUGAUGAUGAUGAUGAUGAUGAUGACCAGGUCUACGUGUACACGCGAGAACAGUGA